CCCAAUAACUUCCUUCGCCACGAAGCUCUCUCCAGUUUCUCUUAUUAUUAGAAAAUAAAUAAAUAAGUUAAUUAAUUAACACAAGAGCUCUAGAUUCAAUUGUCCUCUCCAAAACUCGUCAAAAUCCAAAAACAAAAUGUCUUCAACAUUCAGUGGAGAUGAAACUGCGCCGUUCUUCGGAUUCCUUGGCGCUGCUGCCGCCCUCGUUUUCUCCUGCAUGGGAGCUGCUUACGGUACCGCGAAGAGUGGAGUUGGCGUUGCAUCAAUGGGUGUGAUGCGACCAGAGCUCGUGAUGAAAUCCAUAGUCCCGGUCGUUAUGGCUGGAGUUUUGGGUAUAUACGGUCUGAUUAUUGCCGUGAUUAUCAGUACUGGUAUUAACCCGAAGGCAAAAUCCUAUUAUCUGUUCGAUGGAUAUGCUCAUCUUUCUUCUGGUCUCGCCUGUGGCCUCGCUGGUCUCUCUGCUGGUAUGGCUAUUGGCAUCGUUGGUGAUGCUGGUGUUAGAGCUAAUGCCCAGCAACCAAAGCUUUUUGUUGGUAUGAUCCUCAUUCUCAUCUUUGCUGAAGCACUGGCCCUUUACGGUCUCAUUGUUGGCAUCAUUCUCUCCUCCCGAGCUGGUCAAUCGAGAGCUGAGUAAAGAGUCCCUCUGCUUGGUGUCUGUAUGGCUGUUGUGAUUCAUCUUUGUUAGUUUAACUUAAAAAGUGUUUUGUACUAAAAAAAUUCAUGUCUGACUUCAGUGCCAUUGCUUAUAUGAUAAAAAUGUAGAAUUGGUUA